UUAUUUCUCGCUUUAACUCGAUUAAAAGUUGUCAUCAGUAGCAUGUAACAAAUUACGAGAAUAUAUGUGAGAUUGUGAACGCCAGAUCCCAUUUUUAAAAAAGCUUAUUAAAGUCUAUGUUUCGUUUACGUUUCACUAUAUAGCUAUUUUUCAUUUGAUUGUUUUGUCACACUAAACAUGCGAAAACGACUUAACGCAAAUGUAAAUAUUCUACAACGGAAGUUUGGUUACACCACUUCCGCCAUGUGAUCAACACAAACUCGCGCCACAAUUUUGGAAGCAAGGCUGCGGUGCUCUGGUUCUCCGUGACUUUUACCCAAAAAUGACCUCCAACCCAGGAAUUGAAGAUUCUUCCUUGGAUGAAGAAGAGCUCAAGGAGGCGUUGUGUGUCCUGGCUGGAAGCGACCCGGACAACUGCUCCUAUUCGCGGGGCUACGUGAAGAGGCAGGCGGUGUUCGCCUGCAGCACUUGUUCCUCCUCUGCCUCCGAACCUGCCGGGAUCUGUCUGGCCUGCGCCAACUGCUGCCACGAUGGACACGACAUCCUCGAGCUCUACACCAAACGGAAUUUCCGCUGCGACUGUGGAAACAGCAAAUUUGGGGAGUUUCGGUGCAAACUCACUCCGGAGAAAGAUGAGAAGAACUUGAAAAACCUUUACAACCAUAACUACAGAGGCACCUACUGCACAUGUGCACGGCUGUACCCGGACGAGGAAGACCAGGUGAACGACGAGAUGAUCCAGUGUGUCAUCUGUGAGGACUGGUUCCACUCACAGCAUCUGGGUGGCACCGCUCAAGACACGGCGGAGCUCCAGGAAAUGGUGUGUCAGUCAUGCAUGAACGCGGCGCCGUUCCUUUGGACCUAUGCCGCCCACUACGGCAUCCCGUCUGUCGCUCAGUCAGAACCAGAGCACGAGGUCGUCGACGUUGAAGGACACGACGAAGGUUGUGAGAAGACUCCAGCAGAAGAACUGUCAGCUGAGAGCCUUGAGGCGUCACUGAAGAAGAUUCCAUCAGACAAAUGGACUCACAAAGAGGCCACAGCUGGGUCUGGCUGCCGCCUGGCGGACCUGCAGAAGCUGGGUCCAGAGGGGCCGAGACAUGGUGCCGUGUUCUGGCCCGACACGUGGCGCUCCAAGCUCUGCACCUGCACCAGCUGCAAGCGGGUCUACGUGGACUUGAAGGUUUCCUUCCUGUUGGACCCGUCUGACUCCAUGGUGGCGUACGAGACCCGAGGUCUGAUGGAGCCGUUUGGCAAACACCCGCUCCUGGCUCUGACAGAGUCCUUGGGCCGAGCUCAGCAGCUGGAGAUCAUCUACGGGUACAAUGAGAUGACCACAGCUGUGACGGAGUUAGUGCAGCAGUGCGCCACCGAGGGAAAGGAAGUGACUGCGGAGGAUGUUCGACAGUGUUUUGAGAAGCUGCAAGACAGAAAGAGGAGGAGGCUUGUUUAACCGCUGCUAAAGCGCCACCUACUGCCGACGUUAUGAAUGUUCUCAAUUGAAUUGCUUUUUCGCGUCUAACUAAAGGCUUUAAACCGAAGAAUAAAGUGUUCAGGUUAACUGCGUUGGCCUCAGUUCUUCAACGUGUUUUUGAAUCGAUUUAAUGAUGGGGAUUAUGUGCACGCUGGUAAUGCUAGCGUGCACA